AUGUUCUGGGCAAUACUCUGUGUUAUACCGGCGCGUAUCGAGUCCAUUACCAUAUCACCGGGUACUCCAGACAAUAUGGAACCACAGGCUAGGGCUAAUCUGAUCCGCUUGGAUCAAGGGGACCCUCUCGGUGACUAUCUUUCGAGAGAAGAAGAUCAACUAGCUGUCAUCGUACUGAAAACUCCGACUAAAAGGGCACUGGCUGAAAAGUAUGCUGCUAGUGGAACUAAUUGGUGUGCAUUGGUCCAGCCGGACAAGACAGCUUGUGAGCAGCAGCUGCGAGGUGCCGACUCUCAUCGAAUUGCCAAACUGCUAGCGGGCGCUCCUGCACCAACGGACACUGUCUCGAUACCUACGGACUGGCGUGACAUUGAUCCCACUUGGCACUUCAUAGACGAGAAGGAUUGGAUGGGCUACGUCUUAAAGGAACAUGGCAGGGUCCUUUGGAGACCUACCCCAGGGUACGGCGAGUUCUCGGAUUCGAGUCUCUUCUACAGCGACGAGGAUGCCUUUAGCGGUGCCGAGGAAGGGGACGCAUGA